UUUGCAUUAUGUCGGGCUUGUCUGUGGUGGACAGAGCUGCAGACCUUUUGAAAAAUCCUCUCCCGGAGCAAAAGGGCGAGAGGGUCCAGCCCCAGCCCCAGGUCCAGGUCCAGGUCCAACACUAACACUAGCCCUGCAGCCCUGCAGCCGAGCGUAAACAUGGCGGUCCGUGGAGGCGACGUGAUGCGUUCAUGGUCCGGAUCCAAGACAGAGAGUCCGUCUUCUUCGGUGACCGCCGCCUGCGAGGAGGAGAAGCCGAGGAAGAGGAGGAGAGGCUUCUGCCUGGUCAGGAUGAAGUCCCGCAGCGGCUCCGGCAAGCAGCCCCAGGUCCAGGUCCAGGCCCAAGUCCAGCCCCAGGUCCAGGUCCAGCUCCAGCUCCAGCUCCAUCCUCUGGGAACCUUCCCCGUCGCGGACAACAACAACUCGCCGUUCAUGAUCCACUGCCAGAUCGGGAAGGAGAUCAAGCACAUCUGCAGCAACUGCCGGGGAGCGGAGCAGCUGGACGCCGAGGAAGUGGAGCGGUUGGCGGCGAUGCGCUCCGACUCGCUGGUACCGGGCACGCACACGCCGCCCAUCCGACGGCGGAGCAAGUUCGCCACCCUAGGGCGCCUCUUCAAACCGUGGAAGUGGAGGAAGAAGAAGAGCGAGAAGUUCAAGCAGACGUCGGCAGUGCUGGAGAGGAAGAUGUCCACCCGUCAGAGCAGAGAGGAGCUCAUCAAGAAAGGACUCCUGAAGGAGGUUUACGAGAAAGAAGGUUCGUCUCCGUCCGUCCGUGAGGAGGUGAGGAUGGAGAACGGUCGCUCUCCGGUUCUCGGCUCCAGCCUGUCGGAGUCUGAAGGUGCAGAGCUGAUGGAGGGAGCGGCAUCGUCCGUAGGUCCUCUGGACUUCCAGAUGCCCGGUGACGGUGCAUGUCACCAGGACCACGGCCAGAAACCCAGCCAGGCACUGCCCACGAAGAAGCCGGCGGCGUAUCCGUCCGACGGGGGCGAACCCACCAUCUCCAGACCUCCAACGCUACACAAGCAACCUCCUGCUCUGCCGCCCAAGCCUUUCAGCAGGCUACCCAAUCACAUCACAGACGGCGGCCCCGUGAAGCUGCCGUGCAUGUCGGCCAAGCUGUCUCCUCCUCUACCUCCAAAGAAGCUCAUGAUCUCCGUCCCCGCGGGGAGCAUGGAGCCCUCGCCGCUCGCCUUCCAGAAGUGCCCCGCCCCCCCCGGCCACACCCCGAUGGGCGGACACUCGCUGCCGUACGGGACGCUGCCGGUUCCCCUCCACCCGCCCAGCCGCAUCAUAGAGGAGCUCAACAAGACCCUGGCCCUCACCAUGCAGAGGUUUGAGAGCUCCAUGAUGCACGGCGUUCCCACGGUGAUGAUCGAGUGCGACGACGACAAAGAGAACCUCCCCAACGAGGCCGACUACGAGGACCUGCCGGGCAUGUACAAGGACGAGGACGAGGAGGAGGAGGAGGAGGAGGAGGAAGAGGAGGAGGACGACGAGGAGGAAGAUGAUGAGGAGGAAGAGGAGGACGAGGACGAGGAUGAGGACGAUACACUGUUUACAAGCACACUGGCCAUGAGGGUUUUACGAAAAGACUCUCUCGCCAUCAAGCUGAGUAACCGCCCGUCCAAGAGGGAGCUGGAGGAGAAGAACAUCCUGCCCCUGCAGUCGGACCAGGAGCGCUUCGAGUCCCGGCAACAAACGGCCACCAAGCUGACCAGGCGGUUGAGUCAAAGGCCGACAGCGGAGGAGCUAGAACAGAGGAACAUACUGAAACCUCGAAACGACCAAGAGGAGCAGGAGGAGAAGAGGGAGAUCAAGAGACAUUUAUCCAGGAAGCUCAGCCAGAGGCCGACGGUCGAGGAGCUGCGGGAGGCGAAGAUCCUCAUCCGCUUCAGCGACUACGUGGAGGUGGCCGAGGCUCAGGACUACGACAGGAGAGCGGACAAGCCAUGGACCCGACUAACGGCCGCAGACAAGGCCGCCAUCAGAAAAGAGCUGAACGAGUUUAAAAGCACAGAGAUGGAGGUGCACGAGUCGAGCCGUCAUCUCACCAGGUUUCAUCGGCCAUAGAGCGGCUCAGUCCGACGUCCGCCGUGUUUUUAAAUCUUCCCACCGAAGCCUCAAGUGUUCAAACCGCUACCUGCUGCCCUCGUACUGCUAACGACCUGCACCGCGUCGGCUUCAGGCUGACGGGUCGGCCUCAGCACGUGAGUUUGAGUCAUUCAAGGAAACGAGAGGGACGGGAAAAAAAAAAUGAAGAUAAAAAAAAAAUAAUAAUAAAACAACCUUUCAGAUGGAUUUAAAGUCGACUGUCGUCUCCUCAGCGGAGACUUUACGGACUUCUUGAUAUUCAAAAGCUUUUAAUUGUCAUUUUUUUUAAAUGAUGAAGAGGAGGUGUUACAUUUACGUUACAGCACUUCUGUUUUUGAAACGAGCCUAUCGGAGGUGGAAGUCUGAGCCAAGUCCAGGGACGUGGGAGAUGAGAGUGGGGCGCCAUUUCUUUCUUUUUUUAUUACUAUUAUUAUUCUUGGGGCUCAGUCGUGUUUGCCUCUUUGCCAGAGGAAUUGAAGUAUUUCCAUCAGUGUGUAAAACAAGGCAGCUGAAUCUGAAGCCAAAUCUAAAAAAAAAUCCUGAUCAAAGUCCCAAAAAUGCUUGAAAUGAAAAUUCUGAUCUCCAAACCCCGUUCACGUCGAUCACCUGAGCAAUAACUCAAGAUUCUCCCCAUUCGUUUUGUCCGUCUGUUAACGGGGCUGCAUUCAAGAGCGCUCACACAUUCUCCAGAUUUCCAUUUAAAAAAAAAAAAAAACCAAAGCUGUGGAAGUCCCGACCUUGAAUGCAUCCCAGCGCGACUGCUGCCGAGGGUUCAGCGAGCCACUGUGCCUACAGUUUUGUUUACAGGGAUUUAAAAAGUUGCCAAAUUACCUUUAUUUGAUAUAAUAUCUGUAGACACAGUAAACUGUUGCUGAGCUCUCUGCUGAAGGACAUUUCAUUUUCCUGAGACGAGCUUUUAAACGGCAGAAAACGUGGAAACCCUGCCACCUUACUUUUAGUUUUUUUUUAUUGUUUAUAGGUCAGAGUGGGUCCGUGAAUUGACAGAUGUGUUGGGGGAGAAGCUGUGUGUGUUUGUGUAAUGACUGUGUGUACGAGAGAGCGCGUGCUUGUGGUACAAAGAGUCAGUAACUUUACUGACGCUUGUUCGUUUAAGAAAAAGAUUUUGAAAGAAUUCUAAGAGGAUGUAAAUAAACGAAGAGGCUUUUCAAAUGUUUUUUUGUAAAGCAGAAAAACUGCAUGUGGGUAUUAAUUUAUUGUGAGUCUUCUAUGAUGUAUGCAGUUUCUUAAAGAAAGAAACUUAUUAAAAAAUAAUAAGUUUG